AUGGGUAAGCCGAGGAGGAAGAUGUUGGCCACGGCCGAAGAGACGCUCUAUCCGCCGCCCGCACUCGAGGAAGGACAGACAAUCGCUAGGGUCGUCAAGGCAACAGGAAACAACAUAUACUCCGUCGAGCUGCCGUCGAAGGAGUCGAUAUUGGUGGAACUUCCAGCUCGUUUCCGUUCUACCAUCUGGAUGAAGAGAGGCACCUUUGUCGUCGUCGAUUCCACCGCGUUAGAGGAGCGAGAUAACAAACUCUCUGGCGAGAUUGUGAACAUAGUUAGGGACGAUAAGGCGUGGAGAAAAGCUGAUUUCUGGCCGAAGGAGUUUGUGAAGAAAAUUGUCGAGGACAGUGAUGACGAGGAAUCCACCGUUGGAAAGCUUCCCCCCUCGGACGACGAAGAAGUGUGA